CUGUUGCUCUUGGCGUCACUGCGCUGCCAGCUGAUCGGGAGGAGAGAAGCCGGUAUGAGGGGAGUUGAAGCGGAGACUCAGGACGCAGCGAUAUGUGGGCUAGAUUGUGAAAUUUAGGACGUAAGACUAAUGGGGUCGUAUUGAAGUUGAGUUAUUAGAUUGUUAAUGAUUUCUGUAACACUCCGUUGAGUUGUCUUGAGCAGGUUAGGAUUAGAAAUUUUAGCUGAGUCGCGCUAUAGCUCUUUAUGUCAGGAGUGAUUUGAGGUUAAGGUGUGGCUUUCAGCAAAAGGACGAAUAAAUUAAAUUGUAGCAGAGCUUAUAUUAAAUUCUUCGAUAUUUAGAGUAGAGUAAUACAUUAACAGUGGACAAGAGAGACUGGAAAUGGCAUCGGGACACGACCCAGGUCAGAAUCGAACUUGAGUUCCCAAUGAGCCAGCCGCUUUUAAAUGUCGUGUGUGCGCUGCCUUGUGCGCCUGAACUGCGACUGAACUGAAUCAUAAGGGUUUUAACGGUUUUUCGCGAGGAUUUGAUAAGCGUGUGUUAAGUCCAGGAAGCGUUCGGUUACACAACGGAGUCUAAUCGUUCGAUGACCGUUGCAACAUUUGCUGUAACUUUUCGGAAGUGUGUGAACCCACUUCAGAACGAAUGGAAUCUGUUACAUUCCAUUGGAAGAGAUCGCGAGAGCGCUCGGUUCAGAGUUGAGCUGUAAAGGGCGUGAGCCGUCCGCUAGUAGACAGUAUGUAGGCAGUAUGAGGGAAAAAAAGGCAUUGCGAAAAUAAAGGAUGUUACGCCAAUUUUAUGUGGUAUCUGGGAGUCAAACCGCUUACCAUUAUGACAUACGAAUCGAUCGACGAGAGAAAUCGAGAAUUCUACCAGUGAAGUAACGUAGGUAGGUGUUGGACAUUCCUCAUUCAGAAGUUUUCGCUCAAAGGUGUUUGUCGAAAAACUUAAUAUCGCAGCGAUAUCGAUUUGACGCUAUUAAGUCCAGUAAAUAUAAAUACGUGAGACUGAAGCGUUGAGAAUUAACACUGUAUUAACACGGACAACUGAUAUAACAGUGGGCGUUACACCACUUUCAGUUACAAUAUAUUAAACUCAUAUUUUCAGCUUUCGUAAGACGACAAGGAAUAGGCCUUAGGGACCUAAAAUUAAUAUUUAGUCAUCAUUUACCCACCUUCAUGAUGUUUUAAACCUGCAUGGCUCGUAUAGAAAGCGAUAUUACACAACCUUAGUCCCCAUUCACUUUCAUUGAAUAUAAAAAGAUCCAAUCAAAGUGAAUGGUGACUGGCCCUCCUAUUCCGCCUCACGGUUUCUCAUGUUUUUACAGAAGAUAGAAAGUUGUACAGGUUUGUAAAAACUCGAGUGUUAGAAAAGGACAGAUUUUUGAUUUUUUGAGUGAACAGUCACUUUAAGAUAAAACCUAAUACACGGAGUUUUGUAGUCUAGGUCUGUUUAAAAGACGAAUGACAGGAGCAACAGGAGAUUGUGCUAUACGAGAGAUGGCGAAGGGCAAAAUUUUAGUUUGGGUAGCUGGAUGGUUAUAUGUAAAACAUGGAUUUGGCCAUGACACGACGCGUAUACAUCGUCACUGAUUCCUGUGAGGCGAGAGCAUGGCAAAUUCCUCAAGACCCCACCCUGUACGCCUUACAUCUGGAGCGAAGACCUCCGUUUCAUACCAAUAUCAACAGUAUGUCAUUAAAUGGAUUUCUUCUUACGUCUGACUGCUGAAGGUCCAGGCAGCUCUGAUCAACUCAAAACAAAGUGGAACAAACAGACACCCUCCUGCUGGAGCUUACAGGAGCUCGGCACCGGCAGUGCUGCAACACACUCUUUGAGAUCCAGCUGUCGGCCACAUGUGUGUGAUGGGGUCAUUGAGUCCAUACCCGGCUCUAUAUCAUAUCCUUUCUUUUAGUGUUCCUGUAAACCACUAUGUUGGGAUUGAACAGAAGGCGGCUGAAGAACCCCAGCUUUGUCCAGAACGUUCCAGGCUCUUCUGGUUGUGUAUGUAGCGUGAAAAUGCUGAGGAAAGCCCUUCUGUGGAUGAGAAGGUGGGGCUGCUGGGCCUAAUCCUGUUAUCCCAGCCUUCUUAAUCCAGAUCCAGUCAGUCUUUACACCUCUUCAGUCACACAAACACAAACACACUUCCAAUACAAAUACAUCACGCAUUAUGGAGGACAGCAUGAUGCUGGGUGUUGAAGGGAUCAAGAAAAGCAUCUUGCAUGGAGGGACCGGUGAGAAGCCUAAAUUUGUCACAGGAACUAAGGUGACGUUCCAUUUCCGCACUCAGCUCUGCAAUGAUGAGCGCACCGUGAUAGAUGACAGUAAGAAGGCAGGUAUGCCCAUGGAAAUGGUGAUCGGCAACAUGUUUAAACUGGAUGUUUGGGAGAUUCUGCUCAUGUCUAUGCACAAAGGGGAGGUGGCUGAGUUCUGGUGUGAUGUCAUUCACACUGGUAUGUAUCCAAUAGUGGCAAAGAGUCUGCGGCGUAUCGCAGUGGGGAAAGAUCCAGUGGACUGGCACAUUCACACCUGCGGCAUGGCCAACAUGUUUGCCUACCACAGCCUGGGCUAUGAUGAUCUGGAUGAGCUUCAGAAAGAACCACAGCCUCUUUACUUUGUAAUGGAACUUCUGAAGGUACAGCAGCCCAGUGAGUAUGACAGAGAGUCCUGGGCUCUGAAUGAUGAAGAGAGAUUGAAAGCGGUACCUGUGCUCCACGGUCAAGGGAACAAGCUCUUCAAACAGGGCCGAUAUGAGGACGCCACAAUGAAAUAUAAGGAAGCCAUUAUGUGUAUCAAGAAUGUGCAGACAAAGGAAAAGGCAUGGGAAGCUCCUUGGCUGAGACUAGAGAAGAUGGCCAACACACUCACUUUAAACUACUGUCAGUGUCUGCUGCACAUGGAGGAGUACUAUGAGGUCAUCGAACACACAACUGACAUCAUCAACCAGCACCCUGGGGCAAUGAAAGCCUUCUAUCUGCGUGGAAAAGCGCACAUGGAGGUGUGGAAUGAAGCUGAGGCCAGAGAUGACUUCAUGAGAGUCCUGGAUCUGGACCCAGGCAUGAAAAAGACAAUCAAGAAAGAGCUUGCAGUUCUCAAAAUGAGAAUGGAGUUAAAAAAUGAGGAGGACAGACUGAAGUACAGGGGCAUGUUCACAAAAAUGGCGAGAGAGCAAGAGUCUCUAGAGCUGGAGAAUCCAGAUCAAGAGAUUUCAGAGCAAACAUCUCCAGAACAAGAAACAACUCAAGAAAAACAGAGUCCAGAGGAAGCACCACUAGAGAAAACAGGUGAAGAACAAACAAAUGCAACACAAACAUCUCCUAAGCAAAUAACUUCAGCACAGGAAGUUUCACAAGAAGAAACAUCUACUGCGCUAUCAAGUUCUGAUCAUGAGAUACCACAACAAUCAACUACUCAGAAUGUAACUCCAGAACACACUACCACAGAAGAAGCUACUUCAGAACAAUUAGAAGCAGUGGAGCAAUCAGCCUCUGAAGAAACCUCACCAGAACAUAUUACUCCAGAGCCAACCUGUCCAGAACAAGCAGACCAGGAUCUUAUAACUUCAGAACAAAUGACUCCAGCUGAAACGACUUCAGAAAACAUCAGUCAAUGAGUCUUAAUCAUAAAAGAAAUUCAAGAAAGGUGCAAUAACGAUGAUGUGGGAUAAAGCUGAACCCUUUCAACUUUUUCCCUCUGAAAUUCUUUGUUGCUUUUCUUCAUGUUUUCUUUAUAAUAAUGUAAGAUUUAACUUAGUAUGACUGUAGUUUUGCCAGAUUAUCCAAUAAAAUAGUACUCAAUCA